AGUUGGAAGACCUGGAAUCCAUCCCCUGCCCGUUUCAUUUUUCUUCGCGUUUUCCUCUCGUUGCUGGCAAUGGCAUACACGUCGCCAUUGCAGGGUGGGGUUUGAUUUUGAGUUACACGACAAAUACUAUUGAGCGCGGAAUCUAACACCUACUAUCCAGUAGCUAUUGAACAUUUUGAGUUACUACGGAGAACCUUUGGCUUGGAAAAUGGCUCCCAAAGUUCUUAUGGUGGCCGAGAAGCCAAGCAUUGCUCUAGCAAUUGCUUCAGUUCUGUCUGGUGGUCGAAUGUCAUCUCGAAGAGGGAGUACUGAGGUCCAUGAGUUUGAUGGAGUGUUUCUGGGAUUCUCUGUGCACUUUAAAGUGACAUCCGUAAUUGGACAUGUUUUCAGUGUAGAUUUUCCUGGACGCUAUCAAGAUUGGAAUGCCACAAAUCCAAUGGAGCUCUUUGAAGCACCGAUUAUUAAAACAGAAUCAACACCAAAGGCCCAUAUUUGUAGGCAUUUAAGCCAAGAAAGUCGUGGUUGUGGGCACUUGGUAUUGUGGUUGGAUUGUGAUCGUGAAGGAGAAAAUAUAUGUUUUGAAGUCAUUGAGUGCACCGGGUUCCACUCUAAAGACGGUAAAAAAGUUUAUCGUGCUCGGUUUUCAUCUGUGGCUGAGAAGGAUAUUCUGAAGGCCAUGAAUAACCUAGUUGAACCUAACAAGAAUGAAGCAUUGGCCGUGGAUGCUCGCCAAGAGAUUGAUUUGAAAGUUGGUGUUGCCUUCACUCGAUUUCAGACAAGCUAUUUCAGUGGGAAAUAUGGGAACCUGGAUUCAAGAGUUAUUUCUUAUGGACCAUGCCAAACUCCCACUCUUGGCUUCUGCGUGCAACGACACCUGCAAAUUACAACUUUUAAACCGGAGAAGUUUUGGGUGUUGCAUCCUUACAUAAUGCACAAAGGUUAUGAACUUAAAUUAGAUUGGGGACGCCGCAGGUUAUUUGACUCAGAUGUUACACUGAUGUUCCAAAACUUUGUAAAAGACGCCGGAGUCCUAAAAGUUACUGGUAUAUCAGAAAAACAGGAGACAAAAGGUCGUCCAACUGGACUCAAUACAGUGAACCUUCUGAAGGUAGCUUCAAGUGCUUUGGGGUUUGGACCACAGCUAGCUAUGCAGUUGGCUGAGCGUUUGUACACACAGGGUUUCAUCAGCUAUCCCCGAACAGAGAGUACUGCAUAUCCCUCUUCGUUUGACUACAAAGGCACUCUUGAUGCACUUGUCCGAAAUCCAGUUUGGGGUGAUUAUGUGCGGCAGCUUCUUUCUGAUGGCUAUCAUAAACCGCGCUCAGGGACUGAUGCUGGCGAUCAUCCUCCAAUUACUCCAAUAUGCUCAGCUACUGAGGAUAUGCUCGGACAUGACAUGUGGAAGCUCUAUCAGUACGUUUGUCAACAUUUCCUUGGAACUCUUUCUCCUGAUUGCAAAUACAGCAGAAUAAAUGUUGAAUUUGAAUCUGGUGGAGAAUCAUUCCACUGUGUUGGACAGCAUGUCCUGGCCAAAGGGUUCACGUCCAUUAUGCCGUGGUUGGCAGUGACUGAGAUAAAUAUACCUCAGUUUGCUGAAGGGCAGAAGAUCGACAUAUCAAGAGUUGAAAUAGAUGAGGGGAGUACGAGACCCCCGGAUUACCUUACUGAAAGUGAACUCAUCUCAUUGAUGGAGAAAAAUGGAAUAGGGACAGAUGCAUCCAUUCCUGUUCAUAUCAACAAUAUCUGUGAGCGCAAUUUCGUACAGGUCCAAGCUGGACGAAGACUGGUUCCCACUGCAUUAGGUAUCAGCUUAAUAAGAGGCUACCAAUGUAUAGACCCAGAUCUCUGCUUGCCCGACAUCCGAAGUUUCAUUGAGCAGCAGAUUGGACUUGUAGCUAAAGGUCAAGCUGAUAGCUCUCUAGUCGUGCAGCACGUGAUUCAGCAAUUUAUGAGGAAGUUCAGUUAUUUUGUGGAAAAGAUCGAGAACAUGGACGCAUUGUUCGAAGCUGAGUUCUCUCCCCUCUCCGAAUCUGGCCGCGUGCUUAGCAAAUGCGGUAGUUGUUUGCGCUACAUGAAGCAUAUCUCGUCCCAGCCGUCCAGGCUAUACUGCGGCACGUGCGAGGAAAUUUACUACACCCCUCAAAAGGGUACAAUCAAGCUGUACAAGGAGCUUACAUGCCCUCUCGAUAACUUCGAGCUUCUGAUCUUCUCGAUGGCCGGCCCUGACGGUAAAUCCUUUCCUUUCUGCCCCUACUGCUAUAACAACCCUCCGUUCGAAGGCAUCGAUCAACUCUUUGGUUCGGGAAAAUCUGCUGCGGCAGCGAACUUGGGUAAGGGAGGCGGGAUGCCGUGUUUCCUCUGCCCUCACCCGACAUGCCAGCACUCGAUGAUAUCCCGAGGCGUCUGUGCUUGCCCGGAAUGUGAAGGCACGCUGGUUCUCGACCCGAUCAGCGCGCCGAAAUGGAGGCUUUACUGCAAUAUGUGCAACUGUCUCGUCGCCCUUCCGGAAGGCGCUCAUAAAAUCUCCACGACUCGGGAGCGUUGCCCCGAGUGCGACUCGACUAUCCUCGAGGUGGAUUUCAAUAAAAAGAACACCCCGUUGAAGGAUGGGGCGACGUCUUACGCCGGCUGCAUUCUUUGCGACGAGUUAUUGCAUUCGCUUGUGGAAAUGAAGCACGGGAAGUCGUUUUUUAGACGUCGGGGAAGAGGGCGGAGGGGGAGAGGUGGAAGAGGUGGUGGUAGAAAUGCCAAGAAACAAGACCCCAAAAUGAGUUUCCGGGACUUCUAAUCCGCUCGAAAACUUUGGAUUUUCUCUAUAACUUUAUAACUCGCAGCCGCUAUUCUUCGUGUGGAUUUCUAGAAGUUUUGAUGGCACAGUAAGUAAUAGAGGGAGACUGUAUGCUGACAACAGUUACCUUUUUUUGUAAGGGUAUUUCUGAACUGGUUUUACAACACA